GCAAUGAUAGGUUCAUGAUUAUUAUGACUGUUGUAAAUUUGCGAAAGAGAUAGAAUAGAAGAAUAAUAGAAACAUUUAUGCAUGUAUUUAUAAAUAUUUAAAGCUUGAAUUAAUUGGCUAAUUGGAGUUACUAAACAUUUAAUUUGAUCAAUAAAGCUUUCUGGCAACGUUGCAGCAUCGGCUUAUCGAGCAUCGAUAACAAAUCAGAUGCAACUCAUUAGUAUCGAGUAGAUACGUUUCCCUCUAAUUAUUUGCAGUGCAAGUUUGAGUUUGUCAAUUUGAGUACUGGCUGUUUACAGGCCUUAUUGAGCCAUAUCAAAAUGAUGUCGACUCCUAGAGAUAAGCCGAAGCAAACUGUUAAAGUGGAACCUCAGUCGACGAAUAUCAAGACGCGUGAUAUACGCGUGAUUAAAAAGGAAUUUCUCUGCCAGACACCUCCUUCAUUAGGCUUGUCUGACAAAACGUCAUUGCAACUGAAGCUGGAGAAAGCUGGAAAGGAGCAGGUUGGCAUCAGAAAAGAUCAACCUGACAUUAGUAGGAGGAACAGCAAGAAGCCAGCGGCCCCACGGACACAGUCCGAACUGGAGGAUGGCGAGGUUGACGAUGACGAGGAGCUAUUGCCCGUUUGCCGUUUCCAUCAGCGCAAUAGCUGCACUUGGGGCAACAGCUGCCGCUUCAGGCAUCCGAGAUGCACAGAUCUGGGCAACUAUGUCAUGUUCGAACGCGUUAACUUGCCAGUGGCGUCUUCCUUGUAUGACACCAUGGCCAAUCAUAUUUAUAGUGAGCUGCCGCUGCCGCCUCCGCCAGAUUGGCUUGGCUAUCCGCCGGAGCUUGGGCCAGAACUUGAAAGCUCCUUUCAGAGCAAUUUGCAAAGUCUCAAGAAGAUGAUGCGACAGGCUGGCUAUAAAGUGGGCAACUCGGUUGCGCGCCGUCACAAGCAUCAGCCCUGGGUGGAAUUCAAUGACUUAGACACCGAUCCAUACUACACGCAUCAGCACGAGCUGCCCGAUGAUCAACUUAAGGAACGCUCGCCCCUUCUGGCAACGCGGCUCUACAAGAAUCGUGGGCCCGGCUAUAGCUCAAACCCAAACGAACGCUGCCGAUGGCCAAAUGAACCGGGCAGACAGGUGAGACUCCAAUAUAGCAGCCCCAGUCCCAGCAGCAGCAGCAGCACGCCCGAUUACUCAUCCACAACCAACUCGACGAGCUCUUCGUCUGCGACAACACUGUCACCUGCCUGCAAGCGCAAGCUCUACCGAAAGCUAAAAGCAGCCCAAAGAGAAGUAUCCUAUAUGCCCAAAAAAGGUGGCUAUAGGCCCAGCAGGAAGAAUGUCCCACGUGCUCCACGCAAGGGGCGUAGGUUCAGCAGCAGCAGUUCAUUCUCAGACAGUGAUUCGUCUAGCUACGGCUCCAGCACACACACCUCGGAGCUGAGCUCCUCCUCGAUGGAUAUGCCUAGCGAUAAUAUCGAACAUAAUCCGAAUUCAAAGAAACGACUGAGAGGUAGGGAACCACCGAUAAAAAAGCGCAAGUGCCAGACAGAAAGACUUCUAGAGGUAAACAGAAAAAUCGCUAAGAGAAGAAGAGAUUAAAAUCAGAGAAAAAGUUCCUGAAUAAUCGAAAUAUAAAUUGAAUGAAAGAUA